CUCUUCUUUUUACUGUAUAUAAUCAAUGUCUGAUACUACCAGCGAAGAGAAGAAAUCUCGAAGACCCGUUGAUGGCGCUUUUCGACAACAAAGAUUAAAGGCAUGGCAACCUGUCUUGACGCCAAGAACAGUUUUACCCACCUUUUUCAUUGUGGGUAUACUUUUCAUGCCUAUUGGAGGACUUUUAUAUUGGUCCAGUGGCAAGGUGAACGAAAUUAUGCUCGAUUAUUCAACAUGCGGUUUAUACGAUGAACCCAUCUAUAUGGACGAUUCCAAACAUAGUUUUCAAUUCUCGACUUCUUUUGACGCCAGCACAUUAACGGCGCCCAUAUUCCGAUACGAGAAUGUCAGCGAUUUUUUGGACGCUGACUGGAAAAAUCCCAACCAAUUAACUAUUAAGCGAUGUGUGAUUGAUUUUAGCGUGCCUGAGACGAUGACAGGUCCUGUCUUCAUGUACUAUCGUCUGACAAAUUUCUACCAAAAUCAUCGCCAAUACAUUAAGAAUUACGACGCUGGACAGUUAGGUGGUGAGAUUGUGAAUUCAGUGACACUGAAUACCAAUUGUGGACCCAUUGAUGUCAAUCCAGACUCGGAUCUCGUAGUAUAUCCAUGUGGAUUAAUUGCUAAUUCCAUGUUUAAUGAUACUGCUUCUGAUUUAACGUCCUUGACAUCUUCGGAUACCUAUACAUUUCAGAGAACAGGCAUCGCUUGGCCCACAGACAAAAUGAAGUAUAAACCUACGACCUAUCCCACUGCGGAUAUUGUUCCUCCUCCCAACUGGGCCUCUCGUUAUCCCGAUGGUAAAUACACAAAUGAAUAUCCUCCUCCCAAUUUAGAAACCAUGGAACGCUUCAUGGUGUGGAUGCAUACCGCAGCUUUGCCUGAUUUCAGAAAGAUUUGGGCAAGAAAUGAUCAAGAUACAUUGAACGUCGGAAGAUGGAGAGUCUCCAUUGAUAUGAGUAAGUUUUUUUUUUUACUGUACAAUGAAAGAGACACCAUUUUAACAUGUACAUGUGACAAAGACUUUGAUACUAGAAUGUAUGGUGGUCAGAAAUGGCUGGUUCUUUCAACCACAUCACCAUUGGGAGGUCGUAACCCAUACUUGGGUAUUGCCUACAUGGCUAUUGGAGCCAUUUCCAUCUUCUUAGGCCUUGUUUUUUCACUUCGUCAUUGUAUCAAGCCUAGAAAACUCGGUGAUCAAAGCUAUCUUUCAUGGAACCAGCCCGGUGGGGGUCUUCCUGUCAACAAGAGGAGCAAAAAAGUCCUUCAUGACAAUUAAAUGUUUUAUUUAUUUAUAUAUGUAUU